GCGCAGUAUCAUUUUGUUAUUUUCUUCGUUUAUAAGAGUCAGUAAAAAAGUACUAUGAGAACCUGUCAUUGGUUUGUUCCUUCAUAAUUGAUUAUUUCAACGAAGUACGACUUAUAAAUAUUGUAUAUAAGAUACGGAACAUCUUUUUCAAUUAUUUCAAAUAACUUUUCGUUUUGGAUAUAUUCAUUAUAAUCCAUACAUGAAUUGAUAACUUAGGUUUUAAUGGUCUAGAAUGAACUAAAACUGAGAGAACUCUGAUCGAUGUCUAUAUUGUUCAAAAUAUUGAAAAUCUCUAGGAGUUCCUUCUUAAUGAACUCAUCCAAAUAAGAGUAGUAGAGCAGUUAUUAUUUUUUAAGGAAUGACAAUUAUUGAGUUUGAUCUUGG